GCUGCCGGGCGGAAGUGCCGCGGGGCCGGGCCGCGCUGAGGCGGGCCGGGCCGGGCUGAGGUGGGCGGCGGGGCGCGGAGCGGAGGCGGCAGCCGAUGGGAGCCGGCGGGCUGUGUGGGUGGCCCCGCCCGUGAUGCGCGCCCCGCGGGGGCUGCCGGGCCCGGCGCCGGCCCGCUGAGGCGCCGCGAGCGCCGUUCCGGUGCGAGGAGCCGCCGGGUCCGGCGGGGCAGCGUCGCCGCGGCCAUGCCGUGCACCUGCGGGAACUGGCGGCGGUGGAUCCGGCCGCUGGUGGUGCUGCUGUACAUCGUGGGGCUACUGGUGGUGGUGCCGCUCUGCGUGUGGGAGCUGCAGAAGCUGGAGGUUGGAAUUCAUACCAAGGCAUGGUUUAUCGCUGGGAUAUUUCUACUAAUGACUAUACCAAUAUCUCUCUGGGGAAUACUACAACACUUAGUCCAUUAUACUCAACCUGAAUUGCAGAAACCAAUAAUAAGGAUUCUAUGGAUGGUGCCGAUUUACAGUUUAGACAGUUGGAUAGCUUUGAAAUACCCCAACAUUGCAAUAUAUGUGGAUACAUGUCGAGAAUGCUAUGAAGCUUAUGUCAUCUAUAACUUUAUGGUUUUUCUUUCAAAUUAUCUAACCAACCGGUAUCCAAACCUCGUAUUAAUAAUAGAAGCGAAAGAUCAGCAGAGACAUUUGCCACCUCUAUGUUGUUGUCCGUCGUGGGCUAUGGGAGAAGUUUUAUUAUUUAGAUGCAAACUGGGUGUUUUGCAGUACACUGUUGUCAGACCAUUUACUACCAUUAUUGCUUUAAUUUGUGAACUGGUGGGAGUGUACGAUGAAGGAAAUUUCAGCUUCAACAAUGCUUGGACUUACUUGGUUAUACUUAACAACAUGUCACAGCUAUUUGCUAUGUAUUGUCUGGUGCUGUUUUAUAAAGUGCUACGUGAAGAACUGAACCCUAUCCAACCUGUUGGCAAGUUCCUCUGUGUGAAGAUGGUAGUUUUUGUUUCUUUCUGGCAAGCUGUGCUUAUUGCAUUGUUGGUGAAAGUUGGCGUUAUUUCUGAGAAACACACCUGGGAAUGGCAAAGUGUGGAAGCUGUAGCCACAGGCCUACAGGAUUUUAUCAUUUGUGUUGAGAUGUUCCUGGCAGCUAUUGCACAUCACUACAGUUUUUCCUACAAACCUUAUGUUCAAGAAGCAGAAGAAGGGUCGUGCUUUGACUCUUUCCUUGCAAUGUGGGAUAUUUCUGAUAUAAGGGCAGAUAUAUCAGAACAGGUUCGGAAUGUUGGAAGGACAGUUUUGGGCCAGCCAAGGAAAAUGUUUUUUGCUGAGGAUCAUGAACAAAAUGAGCAUACAAGUUUACUGUCUUCAUCUACUCAAGACCCAAUUUCAGAUGCUUCCUCGAUGCCAUCUUCCCCCAUGGGCCACUACCAGGGGUUUGGACACACUGUGACACCUCUCACAACACCGACGACAGCCCCUGCAGUUGAUGGUAUUUAUAACACUAACGCUAUUCAAGAUGCUGAGGAGUCACCUGAACUAGAGCACAAUUUAUCAGAGAAAACUUUGGCUAAAAGUUAGACUCCGCUUUUCUUUGAAUGUGUCAAGGAGUCUGUUAGAUACUUGCCACAUGUGUUCUGUUAACACGUACUCCUAGUGAUGAUGGAAGUUGAAAAGCUUGGAAAAGCUGCUGUGUGGACAGGAAGAGGAUAUGGCUGCAACUGGCAGCUGAAUUCAGAAUCUAUAAUGGAUGUAUCUGUGAGUGCCCCAUGAAUAUAAACCACGCACACUGGAAAGGUUUCUGCAUACAUUUAAGAAUCAACUCCUUAAACUGCUAAACGCUUACACAACGUGUCAAAAUUAUGCUGACUUUUCUUAAUACGGAAGAAAUAUUUCAAAAAUACUCUGCUCUUCUAAAGAUGAAGUGGAAGUGCUGCUAGCAAUGGGAAAACUUCAUUUCAAGAAUGUAAUUGAAGGAGGGCAGUAGCAAAAAGUGUUUGUAUUAGCUUUGGUUGUCCUCUUAACAAUGGUAACCUCCAUACUCCCAUGCUGAGUGGAGUGUGGGUGAAAUGGAAACUUCUGUACAGAUGCCAUCACCUUCCCCUUCCUGCAUAGCUAAAUAAAACCCCUUCAUGAAGAUAAUUAUUA